AUGUGGCAACACUUUUCCAUGAUGGCAGAGGAGUUGACCGAAGACUUGUUUGAAGAAGGCUGCGGUUUUGAUGGUUCGAGCAUCCGUGGUUUCCAAGCAAUUAAUGAGAGCGAUAUGUUGCUCUUCCCAGAUCCAACAACCGCUAUUAUCGACCCGGUCUGUAAGGUGCCGACGCUAAGUAUUACGUGUAAUAUCAAAGAUCCGAUCACGUUGGAGAAUUACACGCGUGAUGUACGGUAUAUCGCACAGAAAGCAGAGGCGUAUCUCCAAUCCACCGGAAUCGCAGAUACGAGCUACUGGGGUCCUGAGGCAGAAUUCUAUCUCCUGAACGACAUCCGCUACGGACAGAACCAGCACUCCGGUUUCUACUCCGUCGAUUCUGUUGAAGGCAGUUGGAAUUCAGGUCGCGAAGAGAACCCAAACCUCGGUUAUAAACCGCGCUACAAAGAAGGUUACUUCCCGGUACCGCCUUCCGAUACACUUCAAGACCUUCGCUCCGAGAUCUGUCUGAAGCUCAUGGAAGCUGGCAUUGAUGUGGAAGUUCACCACCAUGAAGUGGGAACCGCGGGGCAAGGCGAAAUCGACAUCCGCUAUGGUGAGUUAACCGUGACUGGCGAUAAGAUGGCGUUGUAUAAGUACAUCAUCAAGAACGUGGCGCGCGAAAACAACCUCGUCGCUACUUUCAUGCCGAAACCGCUCUUCCAAGACAACGGCUCCGGAAUGCACGUCCACCAAAGUCUCUGGAAAAACGGCAAGAACAUCUUCUACGAUCCACAGGGGUAUUCGCUUCUCAGUGAGGAUGCACUCUAUUACAUUGGCGGCUUUGCUCGCACAUGCCCGCUCGCUCUGUGCAAUCAUUGCCCCAACUACCAACUCUUACAAACGAGUGAGAAGGGGAAACGGAUCGAAUUCCGCCCACCGGAUCCGUCCUGUAAUUCUUACCUCGCCUUUAGCGCAUUGCUCCUGGCAGGGCUUGACGGUAUACAGAACCGCAUCCAUCCGGGCGACCCAUUGGACAGAGAUCUCUAUGACCUCGAACCGGAAGAACUCGCGGACAUCGAGUCCACUCCAGCGUCCCUCGGUGAUGCCUUGGAUGCCUUAGAGGAAGACCACGAAUAUCUCCUCAAGGGCGACGUGUUCACCCAAGAUGUUUUGGACACCUGGAUUGAUUACAAACGUGAAAAUGAGGUCGAUGCAGUCAACAUACGACCACAU